AACGGUUUAGCGUGUUUAAUCUGAUCCUGGUAGAGGGUCUGUAUUAACAGGCUGUCCAAUGGCUACGCAGAGGAGUGUGGGCGUUUGCGCGUACUUACGGGGUCAGAAGAGAGAUGUCUUCUUGUUCUGUGUAAAUCCGGGCAGUUUGACUAGUGGUUUUCAGUUACACUUCAUCGGAGGUUAUCAGAAACCCGUGUCAAGGUUAUCAGUUAAAGUAAACUGUCGACCACGUUUACACUCAACGACAGAAGAAACCAGCAGUAAACGAGCGAAGGCCGUGGGUUUGUUGUCCUGCGGUACCAUGAAAGGCCAGCAUCAUUUCAGCUGUUGCACAUUAUUUGUUCGGUCUGUAGUUUAUUGACCCGUCAGCACUUCAGCAUCCCUGUGACAAUGUCCGAAGAUCUCUACGAGAAGUUUUUGUCUCCAGGGGAUCCGUUCCCUUUGCUGUCCCAGCGCGGUAAUGUCAGUGAAGAAGGAACGCUGGACGUGAGUGACUUCAGCUGCCAGCUUUCCUCCUGUCACAGAACUGACCCCCUCCAUCGCUUUCACAGCAACAGAUGGAACCUGACCUCGUGUGGUACCAGCGUUGCGAGCUCCGAGUGCAGCGAGGAACUGUUUUCCUCUGUCUCUGUCGGGGACCAGGAUGACUGCUAUUCCCUCUUGGAUGACCAGGAGUUCACCUCCUUCGAGCUGUUUCCAGAGGGGAGUGUCUGCAGCGACGUCUCCUCUUCCAUCAGUACCUACUGGGACUGGUCAGAUAGUGACUUUGAAUGGCAGCUGCCUGGCAGUGACAUUGCGAGUGGAAGUGAUGUCCUGUCUGAUAUCAUACCCAGCAUUCCUAGCUCUCCUUGCCUGGUCCCAAAGAGGAAAAGCAAACAGCACAGGAAUCUGGACGAGCUUCCCUGGAGUGCCAUGACCAACGAUGAGCAGGUUGAAUAUAUUGAAUACUUGAGUCGAAAGGUGAGCACUGAGAUGGGACUGAGAGAGCAGCUGGAUAUUAUCAAAAUCAUUGACCCCAGCGCGCAGAUAUCUCCUACAGACAGCGAAUUCAUCAUCGAGCUCAACUGUCUUACAGAUGACAAGUUAAAACAGGUGAGGAACUACAUCAAGGAGCACAGCUCUCGCCUGCGCCCGAGCAGCACCCGGGACAGCUGGAAGAGGAGCAGCUACAGCAGUGCCAGCACCAGUGGGGUGAGCGGCACCAGCAGCAAUGCCAGCAUGGUCAGCACAGGCAGCAGCAGCAACGGCUCCAGCGGCUCCAACAUGAGCCGGGCACACAGCGACAGCAACCUGUCCACCAGCGCCGCCGCCGAGAGGAUCCGAGACUCCAAGAAGCGCUCUAAACAGCGCAAGCUCCAGCAGAAAGCCCUGCGCAAGAAGCAGGUGAAGGAGCAGAGGCAGGCCCGCAAGGAGAGGCUGAGCGGACUGUUCCUGAACGAAGAGGUGCUGUCACUCAAAGUGACAGAGGAGGAGGAGGAGGAUCACGAGGGAGACGUUGAAGUCUUGAUGUGACGAGCGGGACUCCCUCAGUGUUCCUUCUGAGCCUCAAGCUUUCGUAUGUGAGCAUUCAAAAAACUAAAAACAAUACCCAAAGAGAUACGUGCGUUUAGCUUCCAAUAUAGGGUUUCCACUGCAUUGUGUGAUUUGAAGUAUAGCAGACUGGUGCAUUUGCACUGCAAAGCAGUGUGUUCAUAUUUUUGUGAGGCAGUAUUAUAGGGUAUGUUUGAGCUGUCACCCAAGCCUAACGUGCAGAUACUGUACACGGAGCGCAAAUUUUUUUCCCUUGAAUGUUACUGUCAAAGUUCAAAUGCACUUACUACCCCAAUAAAAGACUCUUUUGGCUGUUAAUAUUAUCACAAAGUAAUAUUAAGCCAGGAACACUCAAACUUGGUAAAAUCGUAUUCUUUCUCAUAUUGUAUUCUUUCAGCGGAGAAGCCUCUUUGGGGGGGGGGGGAGUUUGCAAAGCAUGAUAUGCCUAAAUAUAGGCUUUUGAAAAUCCUCUUUUAACAAACACUAAACUAUAUUUCAGUCCCUAAACCGUUAAUGCUAAUUACAUACCUGCAACACCAGAAACCUCUCCCCAUCCUCUGCUGUAAAGGACAGACAUUUCCAAAAAUGACAAAUCAGAAGUAAUGAGGCGUAGAGGGAACACUGAGCUCCACAUGGGGCUGUGUGUGGAGCAGAGAAGCACGUGGACACAGUAAAAGGGGAUACCUUUUGUUUACAACUGAGCGUUCUGCUUUUCUUUGUAUUUAAAACUCCCAAGUACUUCAGUACUUUUACUGAAUUAUAAAAAAAGGCAUCAAUGCAAUCGUUUGCUUUAUUUGCUUUCAGAGCAGUGGAAGACAAUGUUGUUCUUGUUCCAAAUUCAAACACUGCAUUAAACCAGGGAGGUAUUUGCACAGAUCAUUAUUGCACAUGUUUUACUUAUUUUAGAAUAAUCCAUAGGGGCAUAUUCACUAAACCCUUUCUGCAGGUUGCCCUAUUAUUAUUAUUUUUUUUCUGAAAGUCAUUGGGAUUGUAAAAUGUAUUUUGUAAGAAAAAAAAAGAUAUUGGGGAACACCAGGAAUGAAAUUUGUUUGGGAAAUAAUAUAUGCCAUUGCAGUCAUGCAUUUUGACAGCAGUGCUAGGCAUUAUUUUCCGUAAGCCUGUAACACCAUGUAAAAUGACUUUGUAAUUGACUCCCUGUUCAGGUGAUUAUAUGUGGUAUACAACCUGUGGAUGUCUUUGGUAUUCAGAGAUAGGCCUUGCUCUUCAUGAUGUAUGCUGUACAUUGUGUGAAAUGUAUUGUCACAGUGCUUUCAGAUUCAAUAUAGAUGAAGCCUCGUAAUGCUGGCUUUAACUAGGUGUUUUUGGGGUGAGGGUAUUGAGUCUAAAUCACUUUAUCAUGAACCCGAAUAGAAUCAAAUACACUCUUUUUUAUAGCAAGACUUGUUGUAUUGCAUGCAUGGAAAGAAGCCCAGUGUAUUGCAGUUUAAAUUCUUGCUGGCUUUAGUAAGAGACAAUGCAGUUCAGCUCGUGACCUUUUAUGUUUUAUCAAUGUUUUAAACCCUGGCAUGACUAAUUAAUCACAGUGAAACUUGAACGUCGUUAUCAUCUACUGUACUGUCAGAAAUAAUGUAUUGAAACAGACCGAAAAAAUGUUAAACUUAACUUAAGCACAUCUUCUUAGAAACAGUGUAAAACUUUUAGUGCUGGAAAAUGUCGACGUGUUAAGACCUUUGCGCUGGAAGCAUGGCAGCCUAGGGGAUUUGUGAAGGCAUCCAGUCUUUCUCAAUGCUAACUUCACAGAGCACUUUGCAAAGUCACAAGUCUUGUCAUUUAAUAAAGAUAUGUGAUAUAUAAUAGAUUGCGUUUAGCUGGAUUCAGAUUGUGAAUCUUACAAACUUGAACUUACUCUGUAUCUAAACAGAUCUGUAUAUCCAAGGAUCUGGGGGGUGCAUUUAAUACACUGUAAGAUAUGUAUGGAUGUGUAUGAUUUCUCAGUGCUGGUGUUCUUUAUUUGAAGCUGUGCUUUGUAGCAGUUGUAACUCUAAUGAUUGCACUGGUAAAAUACAUUUAACACUGUAUUUGUUAUAAGCCGUGAAAGUGCAAAGAAACACAAGAUUGUUCAUUUGAUUAAACUUCACCUAAAUGCUUGCAGUUUUAGCAGUCCUGAUUGUGUAGUGUCUCAUGAUGCCCAGUAGAUGGCAGUAUGCAGAGUCUUUAAUUUAAUCUUAAAUGUAUUGCAGUUACAGGAAAGGGAUCUUUGUGCCCAACUGCUGUGCCAGCUCUGCCUCUGAGAUUCACUUCAUACAAUAAACACAUCCACUUUCUGUACCACCUUUAAGAGCUCAGACACACUGAUGCACGGUGGCAAGGAGACCAGAAAAUAUCAAAAUAAGUCGGACCCCAGAAUCACACCCUUGUGCAGCUAUACAUGCACUUUUGACAAUACAGUUCAGCUUUAUCAUUGUAUUUCUCCAAAUCUAAGUGUGGGUGAUACAAGUAAAAUAAGAACAGAUCCACCGGAUGAUAAUGUAAAACAUUUCUUGUUUAAAUGUUAUUAUUGUUAUUUCGUUAUUAAAUCUCACAUUGUCGCUACUCGGUUCUUUGGGAUGGAAUCUACUUUUUAAUUUUUAUUUGAUGCGCUUCUUUCGACUGUACGAAUAUCAAAUCUGUGUUUCAAUUUCAAAAGUAACCCAAUGUUACAGUGCAGUUGUUUGUCAAUUGUUUGCUUUAGUAUGACGGUUUACUUUUUAUAUUGGUGCACAUUAAAAAGUUGUAAUAUGA